GCGGUCUUGGCGGGAAGAAUCGUUGUCGUCAGAUUCCGUCUUUCCUCCUCCCGAGAUGCCCAAGAGAGCCUGUCCCUUCGAGGAUUCCUUUAGUCCUCAGAUGAAACUGCAUGUCGGGGCCAAGGAGGUGGAUAAUGGCGUGAUGAGGAGUGAGAAGAUGAAGGCGGUUUAUGAUCGGACACUGAGCCUGUUGUACAGCGGUGCUAAGAACGUGAUGAACAACAACACUGUGGAGCGAAUGGAGAUGGGCAUCGAGGCGCAGAAGGUGAAAUCUGCCAACACUCUCCACCAGAUGUGCCUCACUGCUCAAGGAACCCUCGCCAGACCUCAGCCAUUUUCCAAGAAUAUGGAGAUGCAACCAAAGAACAGAAGCUCAUGUGGUCACAGUCCAAGUAUAAGGCAGUCUGUUAUAACAUCAUGCAGUUACUGUGAAAGCCAGCUGUGUGAUUCGUGCAUUAAGUCUUGUCAUUUCUGCCAAGGAAUAUUUUGUCCAAAGUGCUCAUUAACUGUAUAUCAAGAAGAAGAGAAGGUUUUGUGUCUCAGCUGCUGUUGAAGUUCUCUCCUGGAUACAAGUUGUAUUAAUAGAAAUUUGUUAAUUCAUUCAUUUUUAUUAUGUACCUGUGACUUCCCAGAUUUCAUGUGAUAACAAUUUUUUGUACUCCUUGUGAAUGCUUUAAAGUAUUUUGUCUGAAUAGAUAAUUACUAUGAAUUUAAUCUGGAAGUUCUUUUCCAUUGCCAUUCGUUUUAGUCGAUGUUCGUAGAUUACAUUGGUUGCGUUUUAAUCCUCAGGGUAUAGAACUUGCAUGUCUCAUUAUUUGGUUGAUUAAGAAAGAGAACAUUUAUUAGAGUGAAUAUGUAGUAAGCUUUUAGACAUUAAUAAAUAUUAAAAUGCAUUACA